UGAGAUCAUAGUUUCAGGAUCCUCAGGAAACCCUGGUACUGGCAGCAGCCAGCCGCUGCUGUGCCCACAUGACCCACAACUCUGGCAGCGGACCGGCACUUCCAACAUUAUUAAAUAAUCGGAGAGCGGCUCUGCGCCCUGCCCAGACCGCCCUGCAGACUAAUGGACACCUUCUAGGAGUUUGGCGAGUCGGGGACGAGGCACCGGCCCAUUCCAAGGCAAAUAGGAUUUAUCAUUCACUGGAUGAAGUGCUUGGGGAGUCCUUCAAUGCCAUAGCCAAGUGCCGUUUCAAAGAACAGAUGGUUUUGGAAAGUUCACGCUGUUUCUUCACUGAAGUUUAGAAUGAUUGAAGAUAGUGGGAAAAGAGGAAAUACCAUGGCAGAAAGAAGACAGCUGUUUGCAGAGAUGAGAGCUCAAGAGCUGGAUCGAAUCCGACUCUCCACCUACAGAACAGCAUGCAAGCUUCGGUUUGUUCAGAAGAAAUGCAAUUUGCACCUGGUGGACAUCUGGAACGUCAUAGAAGCUCUGCGGGAAAAUGCGCUCAACAAUCUGGACCCCAACACGGAACUCAGCGUGUCUCGCCUGGAGGCUGUGCUCUCCACCAUUUUUUACCAGCUCAACAAGCGGAUGCCCACCACCCACCAGAUCCACGUGGAGCAGUCCAUCGGCCUCCUGCUCAACUUCUUGCUGGCGGCCUUUGACCCGGAAGGCCAUGGCAAAAUUUCAGUAUUUGCUGUCAAAAUGGCUUUAGCUACAUUGUGUGGAGGGAAGAUCAUGGACAAAUUAAGAUAUAUUUUCUCAAUGAUCUCUGACUCCAGCGGGGUGAUGGUUUAUGGGCGCUAUGACCAGUUCCUGCGGGAAGUCCUCAAACUGCCCACGGCGGUGUUUGAAGGGCCCUCGUUCGGCUACACGGAGCAGUCAGCCAGGUCCUGCUUCUCUCAGCAGAAAAAGGUCACGUUAAACGGUUUCUUGGAUACACUCAUGUCAGAUCCUCCCCCGCAGUGUCUGGUCUGGCUGCCCCUUCUGCAUCGACUGGCGAAUGUAGAGAAUGUCUUCCACCCAGUGGAGUGUUCCUUCUGCCACAGCGAGAGCAUGAUGGGAUUCCGCUACCGAUGCCAACAGUGUCACAACUACCAGCUCUGCCAGGACUGCUUCUGGAGGGGACAUGCUGGGGGUUCCCAUAGCAACCAGCACCAAAUGAAAGAGUACACGUCAUGGAAAUCACCAGCUAAGAAGCUAACGAACGCGUUAAGCAAGUCCCUGAGCUGUGCUUCCAGCCGUGAGCCUUUGCACCCCAUGUUCCCCGACCAGCCAGAGAAGCCGCUCAACCUGGCCCACAUCGUUGAUACUUGGCCACCCAGACCUGUAACCAGCAUGAAUGACACCCUGUUCUCCCACUCUGUCCCCUCCUCAGGAAGUCCUUUCGUCACCAGGAGGUCACCUGAGGGGCUAAGUGCAACCAGCCUUGUGGCUGAGGAGCAUUCGCUGAUAAGGUUGUAUGUCAAUCAGCUUGGGCACUGUGUACGCUCUCCUCCCAAGGACAGUGAAGUAGAGCAGAACAAACUGCUGGCUAGGGCUGCUCCGGCUUUUCUGAAGGGCAAAGGGAUCCAAUACAGCCUGAAUGUGGCAGACAGGCUAGCUGAUGAACAUGUGCUCAUCGGGUUGUAUGUCAACAUGCUUCGGAGCAACCCUUCAUGUAUGCUGGAGAGCUCAAACCGGCUGGAUGAGGAACACAGGCUGAUCGCCAGGUAUGCAGCAAGACUGGCGGCAGAGUCCACAUCAUCUCAGUCAGCUCAGCAGAGAGGCGCUCCGGACAUCUCCUUCACCAUCGACGCGAAUAAGCAGCAGAGGCAGCUCAUCGCGGAGCUGGAGAAUAAGAACCGAGAAAUCUUACAGGAGAUCCAGCGGCUGCGGCUGGAGCACGAACAGGCCUCACAGCCCACCCCAGAGAAGGCGCAGCAAAACCCCACUCUGCUGGCCGAGCUGCGGCUCCUCAGACAGCGCAAGGAUGAGCUGGAGCAGAGGAUGUCCGCUCUGCAGGAGAGCCGGCGGGAGCUGAUGGUCCAGUUAGAAGGUCUCAUGAAGCUACUCAAGACCCAGGGGGCAGGCUCUCCUCGCUCCUCCCCCAGCCACACCAUCAGCAGGCCCAUCCCCAUGCCCAUGCGGUCCGUGUCUGCCUGCUCCACCCCGGCCCACACGCCUCAGGACUCCCUCACAGGGGUAGGGGGAGACGUGCAGGAGGCGUUUGCACAAAGUUCAAGAAGAAACUUAAGGAAUGACUUGCUAGUGGCCGCGGAUUCCAUCACUAACACUAUGUCCUCCCUCGUGAAAGAGCUGAACUCCGAGGUGGGGAGUGAAACGGAGAGUACUGUGGAUUCUGAGUUUGCAAGGACUCAGUUUGAGGACCUUGUCCCAUCGCCAACCUCGGAAAAGGCUUUUCUAGCGCAAAUCCACGCCCGGAAACCCGGGUACAUGCACGGCGGAGCUGCCCCAAGCACCAUGCGCAGCGAUGUGGUCACAGAAGAUGGGGAUCCCUAUGUGCGGCCCGAGGAGGAGCACUACGAGAAUGACUCGGUCCGGCAGCUGGAGAACGAGCUCAAGAUGGAGGAGUACCUGAAGCAGAAGCUGCAGGACGAGGCCUACCAGGUCAGCUUGCAAGGUUGAAUACAAUAUCCUUUUAUCACUCUCCUCUCAAGCAAACUAUAGUCAGACAGAUGGUGAGAGUAACAUGAGCGCUGGUGACGAAGGGGAGCGCUGCGCCCACCACGCCCAGAGGAGAAGCGGUCUGGCAGCGCCUGGGAGAGGAACCGCCCCACCAGCAGCUCCCGCACACCCGCCCCCAAAGACGUGCUCUGCUGACCGUAGUGCAGCUCAUGAUUCGUCCUCAGAUGUGUAGUUCAUAGGUGUGUGUGUGUUAAGAAGAAGAAAAGAAAAAGAAAAAAAGACUUCUGUUCAAAGCUAAUUUAUCAGCUACAUCUUCUAUAACAUGGCUCAUCCCUGGUUUAAAAAAAAAAAAAAAAAAAGAACCACAGGCCGAAAACCCACGCCGCUGUUCCUCACGGUGGCAGUAUUAACAAGCAUCUUCAAUAUCAUGUGCACAUGAUACUGAACCUGUUCCGUUUACAGUGACACUAUUAAUACUGUCUGUAGCUAGGGUUUGAUUUCUGAGUUCUUUGAGAUUUUAGCAAACCAGUUUAUUAGACGAUGUACAUUUUUUUCCCCCCACAGUAAUUGGGACAAAACAACCGCUCACAAUUAUCCAUUGACCCUGAAGGUCUCGGGUCCUGAGUGAGCAGGCGUGGAGGGCCUGGCCUGCCCUGUCUGCCCGGGUCUCCCCGUCCUGUGAGCGGUGCCUGGAGCCAAACACGCCAGGUUAACCCAGUCUCUGGGGCUUCUUUCCCAAUUGGAGGUUGUUUUCUUUCAAGAUGUUCUAGCGAAUCAGCCAUAGAAUUUAGUGUAAAUAAUCUUUUUUCCAAAUAGAGAUCAUAUUCAAAAUAAGACAACGUGAAAAUUAUAUAGAAUCUAGUUUUUAAAACUCAGCACAGAUCUUCUUAAAACUGUGAACUAUGUUUUGGAAAUACUCGUUACUAAAGCUGUCUAUAAACCACAGGUGCCAUACGACCCCCACCCGGACCGCAGUGGUCUCUGCUCUUCCAUGGCUUGUUCCUUCCUCUCGGUUUAGCUUUAGGGAGCAUGUCUCACCGCACCGCUCGCCCACAGGUCCCCCCCACCCCAUCAGGUUGUCCUUCCCCUCUCACUGUACAGGCUUCAAGUGCGCUUGCAAAAAAAACGUUCGUUCCUUUCCUUUCUGAAUGUGUAUUGCCUUCGCUGGCGCCCCAGUGUUCUGCAUGCAGCCUUCUGUGGUCAUGUGAAAGGAAGCAGGCUCUUCUCCAUGGCAAUGGGGUUUUGCACUCAGGGAAGAGCUGGUGUGUAAAAGAGCCGUCAAAGAAGGGAGAACGAAAAACUGCCGAUGGUCCUUUGUGAGGACCCCUUUGGAGGAGCACUAACAACCUCCCUUAGGGAUUCCUGGGAAAUUUGGG